GACCAUCUCCCUAGAUCGAUGUUUUCUGUUCCUUUCCAAAUAUCCCGUGCACAGAUUUUACACGUUACAGCACAAUAAUGGCCUAAUUGGAGCAAUAUUUUGGAUUUCUCUGUGUUCAGUCCGACUUUUCUGGAGUGUAUAAGAAAUGGGUCGGAUUCUUUUUCAGCAUAGGUACUGAGUUUUCGAGAAAUCUAUGAGUCUAGCAAUGAAGAGGUCAAAAAAUGAGGUACCCAGCACGAGGAGAUUCAGAAUGUCGUAUAUUUUGUUGGGUUUAGCUGGAUUUUACUUGAUUCUCAUUUUCCUCAAGUUCCCGGAGUUUCUUGAGAGUGCCACACAUUUGAGCAGUGGCGAUGGAGACACUGACAGGAGUUUGGAUUUGUUCUUUUCCGGGGAGGAAGAUGGUGAUGAAGAAGUAAAGAAACUGCAUUUGGGUUCUGUGAAUAGGGAUGACUAUCCCCGGAUUCUGCGAAGUGAUGCAAAUAUUGACAAUAGCAGUGAUUCGAGUCGCGUGGAGCCUCGCAGGCUCAACUAUGGCCGAAUAGUGAUUGCAAUCUUGAACAGAAGUCGCGUGGACGGUAAUUUUUCUGUGUUUGACAGAAUGGCAGAUGAAGCUUGGAGUUUAGGCUUGAAGGCAUGGGAAGAAGCAGAUGGGUAUGAAGAGAAGGAGAUGAUGAUGAAUUCUGUGAUUGAGGGGAUGCCCGAGUCGUGCCCCUCCUCCAUCACUGCCACUGGAUUGGAGCUGGCUGAUGGGGAUGGUGUUAUGCUCCUUCCGUGUGGGCUUUCGUCAGGUUCUUCUGUCACAGUGAUUGCCACUCCAAGAUACGCGCAUCGUGAGUAUGUACCUCAGCUUGCUAAGCAAAACCGCGGCGAUGCAUUUGCUAUGGUCUCCCAGUUUAUGUUUGAAUUGCAAGGGUUGAAGUCUGUGGUUGGGGAGGACCCACCAAAGAUUUUGCAUCUGAACCCUCGAUUGAAAGGGGAUUGGAGCGAUCGACCGGUAAUUGAGCACAAUACCUGUUACAGAAUGCAAUGGGGUACAGCCCACAGGUGUGAUGGUAUACCUUCCAAAAGUGAUGAGGACAUGCUUGUUGACGGUCACCUGAGAUGUGAAAAGUGGAUGCGCAAUGACAUUGUUGAUUCAAAAGAGUCCAAAAUCUUCUCUUGGUUUGAUCGGUUUAUAGGACGAGCGAAGAAACCAGAGUUGACGUGGCCAUUUCCCUUUGUGGAGGGUAAAAUGUUUAUUCUUACUGUCCGUGCUGGCAUUGAUGGGUUUCAUAUAACGGUUGGUGGAAGGCAUCUCUCUUCAUUUCCAUAUCGGACGGGCUUCACACUGGAAGAUGCAACAGGAUUGGCUGUUAGAGGUGAUGUUGAAGUUCACUCGGUUUUCGCUACCUCUCUGCCAACUUCUCAUCCGAGCUUCUCACCCCAAAGAGUAUUGGAAUUCUCUGAAAAAUGGAAGUCUCUCCCUUUACCCCUCAAUCCCAUCCGCAUUUUUAUUGGAAUUUUAUCGGCCACUAAUCACUUUGCGGAACGAAUGGCCAUAAGAAAAACUUGGAUGCAGUCUCUAGCAAUCAAAUCCUCAUAUGUGGUGGCCCGUUUCUUCGUUGCAUUGAAUCCACGGAAGGAGUUGAAUGGAAUUUUAAAAAAGGAAGCUGCGUUUUUCGGGGACAUUGUGAUCUUGCCAUUCAUAGACAGAUAUGAGCUAGUGGUUCUCAAGACUCUCUCCAUUUGUGAGUUUGGAGUUCAAAAUGUGAGUGCCGCUUACAUAAUGAAAUGUGACGAUGACAAUUUUGUAAGACUAGACGCCGUUCUUCAAGAAAUAGGCCGUGUUCCUCCUGCAAAGCCUCUUUACAUGGGGAAUCUGAAUCUCUUACAUCGACCUCUGAGAAACGGGAAAUGGGCCGUGACUGUUGAGGAGUGGCCAGAAGAUGUAUACCCUCCCUAUGCAAAUGGGCCCGGAUACAUUAUUUCUAGCGACAUUGCCAAAUACAUAUCCUCUCAGCAUCUCAAUAACAGUUUACGGCUAUUCAAAAUGGAGGAUGUGAGCAUGGGAAUGUGGGUUGAGAAGUACAACAGCACGAACCCGGUUCAGUACUCCCACAGCUGGAAAUUUUGCCAGUACGGAUGCACAGAUAAUUACUUCACCGCGCACUACCAGUCUCCACGGCAAAUGGAGUGCAUGUGGGACCACCUGCUCAACGGCCGGGUUCGCUGCUGCAACUUCUAGAUUGAUGCAGCAAAAUGCCACUCUUUGAAUCACAUAUUUGCGCAAAUUUUUCGUUUUCGUUUGUGGGUUUCUCUGCAGGUGGAUCUGCUUGUUGAAUUCGAUUCGGCAUUCAAGUGUCAAUCAUGUUGGCAUUUUUUGGGUUCUCUGUUUUAGGGUUCCAUCAUCAGUGCUCUUGUCAAGGGUGUCACAUUUUUUUAAAAAAGUAAACAGAGGUAUGGGGAUAUCAUUUUUGUAAGAAAAUCUUACUAUUAUAAGCUUUGUAAGAAAACACGGAAAAUAGUAAUCGGCCUGUCCUGGUCCCGAACUUAUUCGGGACCUGAUACAUUCCUAUUUGUGAAUGGCACAAAGAGCGGUGCUGUAAUCGUCUCA